AUGCUGUUUUUUCAAGUUAAUCCAAGGCAGGAUGUUGCGUUGCUGCUUAGGAGGCAAUCCCAAGAAGGUCGUCCAAGGACAAGCCGGCCUCCUCGGCAAGAGAAGACAAAGCCACUAUCUGAAGGAAAACAGCCAGCCGUCCGUGAACCUAGAAGGAAGAUGGACUGGAAGUUAGUAGUUUGGCCGGGAGAUAACGUUCCUUCUAGUGGCCACAAGAUGGAGACGGAUGCUAGGGAGUAUUUGGAAGCCAAGAGGGCAGUUGCUCUCCAACGCUCGGCCUCAGGGUCUACUCCCUAUAUGAAGGAUCCUCCAUUAAGGGUUUCGUCUAAAACAGAAGGAAGAAGUCAAAGACCUUCGGCUGUUCAGCCAAGGCAGGAAAAAACGAUUUUACAACCAAUGGUGUAUAAGCGUCAUGCCUUAGCCAACACCUCCUCAAACCCAGUGCUGAAGGAAUAUCGUCAGGAGCACAUACCCACUGAGGGGCAUGUUGGGGCACUCACGAUUAACUUGCCGACUCCCUUCUCAGCCAGAAUCAUGGAGUCCCCUCCAUUCCCAAAGGUUAAGCUUCCGACAAUAGAGCCCUUUGACGGCACUACAGAUCCGGAUGAUCACUUGUCCGCAUACAAACAUCAGAUGUAUGUUCAGGGAGUUGAUGAUGCUACAUGGUGCAAGAACUUUCCAGCCACGUUGAAAGGGGUAGCUCAAAAAUGGUUUAACAAUCUUCCUCCUAACUCGGUAAAUAAUUUUACUGAGCUCAGUAUCUUAUUUACCAGUCAUUUUGUCGUAAAUCGAAAAGAGCAGAAGACCAACAUGCAUCUAGGAAAGGUCGUGCAAGGACCUAAGGAAGCUCUAAUAAGUUAUGUGAAGAGAUUUAAUCUGGAAUCAUUGCAGAUCCAGGAUCUGAAUGCGGGAGUAGCAUUUGACGCUUUCAUCCGGGGUUUAAGACCUGGAAGUUUUUUGUUCGAUUUAGUGAAGAAGAAGAUAUCCACCUUGACUGAGGCUCUGCAGGAGGCCGAAGCCUUUAUUCAUGCUACAGAGGUUUGUGAUGAAGCAAAACAGCCAGAGGCAAAGAAAGUUGAAGAAACCAUCCAGCUGAAAAAGAGCAUCCCCAAGAAAGCUGAAACUUGGGCGGUGACUUCAAUGACAACUUCAUCUAGAAGAAGCAAGAGAUGUAAACCGGCAUCAUCAGCUGAGCCUAUAGAGUUCAACAAAGAUCAGUAUUCCAUUCUCAUGGAGAUCAAAGAUCAAUAUGAGCUUAAGGCGCCAGCAGAAAUGAAGACGCCUUAUAGGAACCGAGAUAAAAGCAAUUACUGUCAUUUCCACAAAGAUUGUGGUCAUGAGACGAAUGAGUGUAAGUAUCUGAAAAGGGCCUUAGAGGACUUAGCUCGCAAGGGUAAAAUGAACUCCUAUUUACCUCAGGCAAGUAGAAAAUUCCAGAAAAAAGACAAUCGUCAAGGGAGAAGAAAAGAUGAUGAAAGCAUAACGAAGAUGUAG